AUGCGGCCGGCGCUGGCGGUGUGGCUGGCCCUGAGUCUGCUGGCAGGGACAGGGGCCGAGGAGAUGUGUGGGGGCCACCCCGCCGCCUCAUCCCGCUCCAUCCCUGCGCCCCAGCUCAGCCCCGAGGAGCGGCUCUCACCCCACAUGCCCGAAUCCCUGCGCUGCGACGCCUGCCACGCCAUCGCUUUCCAGAUUGAGGAGCAGCUGCGCAGGGCAGAGGGGAAGGUGGGCAGGAAGGCACUGAGUGAGCCCGACUACGUGGAGGUGCUGGAGAGGAGCUGCUCGCAGGGCUGGGAGAGCUACGGGGUGCAGGAGCUGGACGGGGAGAAGCGGCUGGCGGGGCCGGGUCUGCCGAGACAGGAGUCCAUGACCGUGAUGGUGAUGGGGGGACCCUGGCCAAGCAGGCUGUCCAAGAUGUGCCACGGCUACGUGGGUGAGCGGGGAGAGGCGCAGAUCUACGGGGCACACCGGCGGGGGCCAGCCGCCUUGCGGGAGCUGCUCUGCCACGGGGAGAAGGGGGCCUGCGCCGGCGGCAAGGCCAGGGGGCCAGCCGCACCCAAGGCGAUGCAGAACGAGCUGUAG